AUGGGGAAGAAAGUGGCAAUCGUUGGAGCUGGAGUGAGUGGCCUGGCCUCCAUCAGAGCCUGUUUGGAAGAAGGGCUUGAGCCUACCUGCUUUGAGAAGAGCAAUGAUGUUGGAGGCUUGUGGAAAUUCUCAGACCAUGCAGAAGAAGGAAGAGCCAGCAUUUACCAAUCUGUAGUCACCAACUCUUGCAAAGAAAUGAUGUGUUUCCCAGACUUCCCUUAUCCUGAUGACUAUCCUAACUACAUGCAUAACACUAAACUCCAGGAAUAUAUAAAAAUGUUUGCUAAAAAGAAGAAUCUUUUAAAAUAUAUACAAUUUGAGACACUGGUCACUAGCAUAAAGAAAUGUGCUAAUUUCCCAGUCACUGGUCAAUGGGAUAUUGUCACUGAAAGGGAUGGAAAUCAGGAAUCAUCCGUAUUUGAUGCUGUGCUGAUUUGCUCAGGACACCAUGUGUACCCCAAACUGCCUGUUGAUUCCUUUCCUGGACUAGCAAAGUUUCAAGGCAACUAUAUGCACAGCCGGGAUUAUAAGAGUCCAGAAGCCUUCAAAGGAAAGAGAGUGCUUGUGAUUGGCCUAGGGAAUUCUGGGUCAGAUAUUGCUGUUGAACUCAGCCACACAGCAUCACAGGUCUUUAUCAGCACCAGAAGUGGUUCUUGGCUAAUGACUCGUGUUUGGGAUGAUGGUUACCCUUGGGACAUGGUGUAUAUAACUCGGUUCAAAACUUUUCUCUGGAAUCUCCUCCCUAACUUUGUCUCUGAUUGGUUAUAUGUUAGGAGGAUGAACUCACGAUUUAAACAUGAGAACUAUGGCCUGAUGCCUUCCAAUAGGGCCUCAAGAAAAGAGCCUUUGUUCAAUGACGAGCUUCCAGCCCGCAUCAUCUGUGGUGCAGUGUCCAUCAAGCCCAACGUAAAGGAGUUCACAGAGACGUCCGCAGUGUUUCAGGACGGGACCGAGUUUGGCUCCAUAGACUCUGUCAUCUUUGCAACUGGCUAUGGUUAUGCCUACCCUUUCCUGGAUGACUCAAUCAUCAAAAGCAGAGACAAUGAAGUGACACUAUAUAAAGGCAUCUUCCCUCCUCCUCUUGAGAAGCCGACCCUGGCUGUCAUUGGCCUCGUCCAGUCGCUCGGUGCUGCCAUCCCUACGGCUGACCUACAAGCCCGCUGGGCUGCCAAAGUCCUUACAGGUUCUUGCACUUUGCCUUCUUGCAAGGCUAUGAUGGAUGACAUUGAUGAGAAAAUGGGGAAAAAGCUCAAGUGGUUUGGCCAGAGUCAGACAUUACAGACUGAUUACAUCACAUACAUGGAUGAACUCGCCUCCUUUAUAGGAACAAAGCCCAAUAUAUUGUGGCUUUUUCUAACAGACCCCAAACUGGCAGUGGAAGUUUACUUUGGCCCCUGCAGCCCUUACCAAUUUCGUCUGACUGGGCCAGGAAAGUGGGAUGGAGCCAGAAAUGCCAUCUUGACCCAGUGGGACCGAACAGUGAAGCCUUCCAGGACAAGGGCUGUCAGCUGUGCCCAGAAACCACAGCAUUUUCUCUAUCUGCUUAAAAUAUUCUCCUUCUCUGUAUUCCUUCUAGCUAUUAUGCUUGCAUAUCAUUAAUAGUCAAUUAAUAGCCAAUUACUGCCAGGGCCAGAAGGGUAUUCUCAAAAGUCAAUACUCCCACCCCUGCAAAGAAUAUUCAAAACAUUUUUCAAUAUACUAGCUUUAUCACUCAUUCUUGUUAAGAAGGUACUGAUGAGGUAGAAGUCACAGUUAUCACCCCUAGUUCAAUGAAUCAAUCAAUAAACGUUUUAAAUGACUAGGAUCAAAAGUUCGGCUUCUCAAACUUUUUUUCAUU